AUGCCUAAAGUGAAUCUCAGUUUUGAGAUGAUGAAGUUUGGAAUCUAUUGUCUAUUUCCUGUAGGCACUUUAUACGUAUACAAUAGGCCCGAAGUACAGGACUUUUUCUUUGCUGGUCAGACUCAUGCAUUAGCGGAAUUCAUGCCAAAAGAAGCGGAUUUGGUUAAAGUACCUCAUACUAUGGAAGAAGUGAAUCGCAUCACUGAUGCUAUGAAGAAACAGCAAGAUGCAAAGGACAGGAGAUGA